AUGUCGGCGUCUGGUGAAUUUGGUAAUCCGUUACGUAAAUUUAAGCUGGUUUUCCUCGGAGAACAGAGCGUUGGAAAGACUUCACUCAUCACUAGGUUCAUGUAUGACAGUUUUGACAACACUUAUCAGGCCACGAUCGGCAUAGACUUCUUGUCAAAGACGAUGUAUUUGGAGGACCGCACCGUGCGCCUGCAGCUGUGGGACACGGCCGGACAGGAGCGCUUCCGGUCCCUCAUACCCUCCUACAUACGGGAUUCCACCGUUGCCGUUGUAGUUUACGAUAUCACUAACGCGAACUCAUUCCACCAGACGUCGAAGUGGAUCGACGACGUGCGCACGGAGCGCGGAUCCGACGUGAUCAUCAUGCUGGUGGGCAACAAGACGGACCUGUCGGACAAGCGGCAGGUGUCCACCGAGGACGGCGACCGCAAGGCCAAGGAGCUCAACGUCAUGUUCAUCGAGACCAGCGCCAAGGCUGGAUACAAUGUUAAACAGUUAUUCCGGCGAGUGGCGGCUGCGCUGCCCGGAAUGGACUCCGCUGAAAGCAAGCCUCCUGAAGACAUGCACGAGGUGAUACUGCGACAAGCGCCCGGCGACAACAAGGAGCCCGACUCGAGCUGCGCCUGCUAA